AUGAAUGGUAGCAAAAAGUUAUGCAAAAAUAAAAACUAUUACAACCAAAAGUCUAUGAAUGGACUAUUUUUAAUUUUAUGUAUGAUGGCUUUGAUGUUUCCAACGUAUAGUAUAAUUGAAGCAGAGGCCAAUAAAAUCAGGUGCCCAGAUUCAAUGACCUGCACCAAAUGUACAAUCAAACCGAUGUGUGUAUGGUCCCUUACACAACAGGCUUGUGAAAACGAGAAUCAAUUCAAUUCGUCAAGUUUAAUAGUCUCUAGAAUAGGGGAAUGUCCGAAGUUUUCAGUAGUUAAAAAAUAUCAGUAUAACUACAAGGUUACCUCAACAAUUUAUGUGGACUACUUUGUUGAGAUAACGAAUGAUUUUGUGGGUUUCAUAAAUUAUCUUAAAAGAUUUCAAAUUUCUUGCGUAUCUCUAAAAGGUAGUGAAGUACCGUCGCGUAUAAUUAAUAAUACCAAAAUAUUGUGUCCAUUCAUAAAAACAAAAUCAAAAUUAAAUGUCAAUGAGCCAACAGUCACUCAUUUCGUCUUUAUUAAAUUCAAUGAUAUAAUGCUGCGUUUUGACAACGUCGCUGAUCACUAUGUUACGGUUUACAAAUAUGAAGAAUGUAACAACGACGAGAAGUACAAAAAUUGUGCGACAUGUGGAUGGAAUAGAAAUGGGUACUCGAACUACUUGAGAUGGUGUUCCUCCAAAGACACCUGUAAAGAUCACAAGGAUGUAUAUAUGAAGAACAAUGCUACAAAUAAGUUAGACGAAAAGGUAGCAUACGUGACCAAUGAUUGUGCCGAAAUAAACGUGACAGCGGUAAAUCCGCUAUCAGGACCGAAAACUGGUGGAACGGCCUUAACGAUCAUAGUUAGGAAACACAGAAUAUUUGUUGAGAAUCGAACGGUAAAAGUAACGGUUGCAGGAACAGUGUGCACAAAUCCCAAGACGUCCGGCCUCGAGACUAUAACUUGCACUACGUCAGAAGCGGUUGGCACAUUAUCCGGUCCAGUCCUGGUUGAGUACUCCUCGUUUGAAGGUGGACUGAAGAUUGAGUCGUCCCAGAUAUUCCAGUUUUGUGUCAAUCCCGUACUGGACUUAGACCAACAACUCAGUGGCAUAGCGUCCGGUGGCACUUCUGUUCCAAUUCGUGGAAGACAUUUCGUAGAACCUUGCGUUAUAUUCUCUUCCCGACUGUACAUUAACCUGGCUGACGGUGUCAGACGGUAUGCAGAUAGUUAUUGCAAUCCACCAGUCAACGACACGUAUAUGGUCUGCCGAUCGCCAAGUGUGAACGGCACUGUCUGGGACGAGGACGCGUCGGUUGUGGGACGGCUACUGAACAUCGGACUGGAUAUCACGUACAGUAAGGAAGGAUUCUCCUUGAAUCAGUCACUGCCAAUCACGGUCUCUGACUCUUCGCUUGGAUAUUACGUGCACCCCGAUCCUGUCCUUGAGGACUUCGUAAUCGAAGAAGGUGGUUCACUAGUCAUCAACGGCCUUAGCUUAGAUCAUGUGCGACUGAAUGACAUCGUGGUACGAUUUCUUAAUUCAUCGGCUACGGGUUGCGUAGUCGUUUCGGUUAAAUCAAAACGUAUUGUAUGCGACCCAACCAUGACCAUCGCUCCAGUUGAGUUGCACGAGAUCUUGGUCAAAAUUGGAGAUUCGUUAACAUACAUCUUGGCAAAUAGAUCACCGACACCUAUUGUUAAUCCAUUCAAUCUUCUCGUUUCCGAAUAUCCAUCUAUAAUUCACGAUUCAAAUAAAACCAUUUGUUCAGAUUUAAUGACGUGCCCUAAAUGUACAAUCAAACCCAUGUGUAUAUGGUCCCUUCAACAACAGAUAUGUGAAAACAGGACUCAAUUCAACUCGUCGGGUUUAAUAGUCUUCGAAAUAGAGGAAUGCCCACGGUUUUCAGUAAUUAAAGAGUAUAAUUAUGGUGAAUCAAGUGUUUCCUUGAAAUACAUUGUUGAGGUAUCAAAUGAGUUGGUAGGUUUCAGAAAUUAUCUUAAUGACAGUAUAAUUUAUACCAGAUUUCCAACACGUUGUAAAUAUCCAACUCGACAGGUUAACAUAAAUAACAAUACGAUAAUAUCAUGUGAAUUCUACGUAAAAAAAUCUGAUUUUGGUUAUAAUAAUCCAACGUUCACUUUUUUUACUUUUAUUAUUUUCAAUGACGUAAUACUACGGUUUGAUAACGUGGCUGAUCACUAUGUCACAUUUUAUGAACAGGAAGAGUGUGCAAAUGAUGAAAAGUACAAAUCAUGUGCUACUUGUGCAUGGAAUAAAGAUGGCUACUCAAACUACUUGAGAUGGUGUUCCUCCAAUAACACCUGUCAGGUUCGCAAGAAUUUAUAUAUGACGAACAACGGUAAAGAACAGUUAAACAUAAAAUUCGUACACUUGACGAAUGAUUGUGGUGAAAUAAAUGUGACAGCAGUCGAUCCGCUUUCUGGGCCGGAAACCGGUGGCACGACCAUGACGAUCACAGUGAGGAACCACGAGAUAUUAUCAGAGAACCGAACAGUAAUUGUGACGAUAGCAGGAACAGUGUGCAUGAACUCCAGAACGUUGGGACCAGAGACUAUAACGUGCAUCACAACACAAUCCAACAAAAUAUUGUCCGGUCCGAUUCUGGUCGAGUACUCAUCGACUGAAAGCGUGCUGAAGAUUGAGUCGCCUCAGAUAUUCCAAUUCUGUCCCAAUCCGGUACUGGACGCGGCCCACCACCUUGGAGGCAUAGCGUCUGGUGGCACUUCCGUUCCGGUCCGUGGUAGUCAUUUCGCUGAACCUUGCGUUGUAUCCUCUGCCCGACUGUACGUUGACAUACCUGACGAUGUCAGAAUUUAUUCAGAUAGUUAUUGUGAUCCAUCAGUUAACGAUACGUACAUGGUAUGCCGAUCGCCAAAAGUGAAGAACGUCGAUAACGUGGACGGGGACGGAUUGGUUGUGGGGCGGCUACUGAAUUUCGGACUGGAAAUAAAAUUCAUUAAAGACGACUUCUCCUUGAAUCAGUCGCUGUCAAUAGUGGUUCGUGGUCCAUCGCUCAGAUUUUAUGUGCACCCCGAUCCAGUUCUGUUAGACUUUGAAAUAAACGAAAGCGGUUCAGUACUCGUCAAUGGCCUCCACUUACAGCAUGUACAGCCUGAAGACAUCGUGAUACGGGCAGUGGAUUCGCCGUCCUCGGUUUGCGCAGUUUUGUCGGUAACACCACACAGUUUGGUUUGUGAGCCGACCAUGCAUACAACUGGGUUGCAAGUGAUCUCCGUCACAAUGGGCACUUCAUUACAGUUCACCGUGAUCAGAAGAACUUUGUCUCAUCCUGACGAUCUGUCCAAACUCCCUGGCUGGUUCAUUGCGUUAAUUGUCAUGUCCACGGUGCUGGCAUUUGUCUCGGCUUUAGCUUGUUGCCUAAGAACGAAACAUCAUCGAGAUAACGUGACAGAAAAUAUUUGUAACCCGCUGGAGGAAUCGACAAGAUCACAGGACCUAUACGAACACACUGCUCUGUAA